CCCCCACCAGGGGUAUAUUUCUUCUUCCUCCUCCUACUGCCACCACCAUAUCCAUUUUCUCAAAGCAAAAAAAUUGAAAAAAAAUAAUCAGCAAAUUGCUUUUAGUGUACUCUGUUUUUUUGCUGUUUGUAUUUCUAGUGUCAAGAAUCAAUUUUUUAUAUAUAUAGUAGUGGCUAAUUUCAUUUUCAAUCUUAUCCCUUUUCUGAUAAACUUACCUUGUUCUUGUUUCUGUUGCUUUUUAGCUCACUUUUUUUUCAAUUCUUAGCUAUAAUUUUAGUACUAUUUUGCAUAUGAAUUUGUGUUCUUGAUUCUUGAAUUUUAGUGGGUGUCUUUUAAUUUUGCUCACAUAGUUGAAAGAUUUGAGCUUUUGGGUUUUUUGUUUAUGGGGUUCUUGAAAAGUUUACUAUUUGUUUGAUAAAAGGUCUGAAAGAGAAUUUUGAGGUUUGAGGUUUUGAUUUUUUUGAUGGAAUUGAGAAUGGUUUUGGUAUUUGUUGUAUACAUAAGGGGAUUCAAGAUUUAAAGCUGGUAGGUAACACUUUAUGUAUAGACAUUAUUAAAAAGUUUUUUUUUUUUAGAUUUUCUGUAAUUUAAUAUUUGGUAUUCUAGGCUGUGGAUCUGAGCUGCAUACAGUGUCAUUUUGUUCUUUUUUUCUGAUAAAAAAGCAUUCUUUUGGGUGUGUGGAGGGAGAAUUCUUAAAUGGAGCGACACGGAUAGUGAGGAUUCAGAUAACUGAUUUCAAACUUGUUUGAGAUUUAGGCGUAGUAGUAGUAGUUGUUGUCUUGAUAAAGGAGAAUUCUUUUAGGUGUUUGAAGUGAGAAAAGUAUGGAUGAUAGAAGUCAUCAGCAGCAACAGAUGACUUCUGGUUUAACUCGAUAUCGAUCCGCACCAAGUUCUUAUUUUACCAGCUUAUUGAGUAGUAAUAAUCCAGCUGAUGUUUCUGGUGGGAGUGGGAACUGUGGUUAUGCAAGAGAUGAUUUUGAUCAGUUGCUCAAUCCUCGCGCUUCGAAUAGUGGUAUAAAGCAAGUUUUUGAUAGAUUUGUAGCUAAUAUUGGUCCCCAAGAUUCGAAUCCAGAUGGCCUAAUUGAUGAUAGUCAGCAAAUUCAUCAAAAUCCCAUGAGCAAUAUGGAUGUUAGAUCUGAAGUUGUAGCUCCUAUGAAACAAGAACACGAAGCUCAACAGCAGCAAAUGAAUUACCAAUGCCAAGAACAACAGAGUCAGAAUUCACAGUUCGUUGCACCUGUGAAACAAGAAAUUACUCAGCAGAAUAGUGAUUAUUCUUUGACUUCACAGAUGAAUUAUCAAACUCAAGCUCAACAAAAUCACAAUUCAACAGACUUUACUUCAGGAAUGGAUAACUUUGGCAGAUAUAAUCGUUUGAACCAGACGAAAAUGGAUGGUGGAUUUGGUACUGGUAGUAGUAACUCAAAUCUUACUCGUUAUAACAGUUCGCCUGCUGGAUUCUUUGCACAAGUCAAUAUUGAAAAUGACUAUGGUGCAUUGAGAGGCAUAGGGAAUUAUGGAGCUGGUAGUGGUACUAAUGCUGCUGGAGAAGCAUCAUUUUCCAAUCCAAGCAGGUUUAGUAGUCAAACGGCUCUCCCAUCCGGACAACCUACUUCUUCGGGGCUAUUAGCUCCAAUCUCUGAAUUUGGAGCUAAAAGCAUAGAAGAGAGCAGACGAGGCGACGAAUGUUUUGGUAAAGGCCAUAAAAGUGAUGAGAGUUACAUGGCAGGUUUCCCCAUGCCUUCUUGGGAUGAUUCACAAAUUUUGACUGAUGAUUUCCUACAAGUACCAGAAGAUGAUGAGGCCGGAUCAUUCUCCAAUGGAAAUGCAUCUGAUAAUCAGAGUAGUGAAGGUCGAGCUCGCCCUCCCACUCUAUUGUCUCAUUUGAGUUUACCUCAAACAUCAGCGGAGUUAUCCGCCAUGGAGAAGCUCUUGCAAGAUUCAGUACCAUGUAAAGUCAGAGCAAAGAGAGGCUGUGCCACUCAUCCUCGUAGCAUCGCCGAAAGGGUAAGAAGAACACGAAUAAGCGAAAGAAUGAGGAAGCUGCAAGAGCUUGUCCCCAAUAUGGAUAAGCAAACAAACACGGCGGAUAUGUUGGACUUUGCAGCUGACUACAUCAAAGAACUAGAGACACAAGUCAAGGCACUAUCGGAAACGCGUUCAAAGUGUAUUUGCUCGCAUGAAUAGAAGACCAUAUUCAAAAUGAUAAGGUAGGGCAAUGCUGUGCACAUUCUAAUGAUGAAAAGGAUUGACAAUGGAAAUAGCAAAGCAGAUAGGUGGAUUCUUUUUGGCACUUGAAAAAGAAGAGAAUGGGUUGCCAUAUUUUGGUGUGUAAAAAAGAUAGAUUCAGAUUCAUCUGAUGUAACAUUAUAACCUAAACUGUACAUAAAAUUUCCAUUGUCCAUUA